AUGGCAGGAGGGGUCCGGGGAGAGGGGAGGGCGGGUGCGCGCGCACGGCGCGCCGCCUGGUCAAUACGGGCAGUGUGGCGCCAGCGGCCGCUCUGGGAAUCAGCGCCGACCUGCGCUCCGCCGGCAUGUGAGCGCGCACCCUCGCUACGUGCUGAACGCCCCGCUCCGCACUCUGUUCUGUUCUGUUCCACAGCCGACUGCGACUGCUGGGCCCGCGGCGGGCUGCGACGACCCGCGCCCGCCACACACGCAGACAUGGAUACCUGGAUACCGCUCGUGCUCGCCAUUGCAGGUACGUGGAGCUGCGAUGAGCCGUACAGCCUGCUCUGCUCUGGCGUGAGCACCCGCCGCCCCCGGGACAGGUGCGGGGCCAGAGCUGUCGUGCGACCACACCAGCUGUGCCACAAAGCAGAGCAGAGGAACGGCCCGCCCAGCCACUGCGCCGCUACAACACAACACGUCUCCCUGGCGGCCGGCUACAGCUCACAGCGUAGCGACGCCCCUGUUGAGGCAGAAGGGGCACGCGACAAAAAAGGGAAUAUUACUGCUGCACAGCGAUGA